GGCCUGCCACAGACAGAGGCUGGUCCGGCGGCAGCAUCAGCAGCCCCUGUCUAUGUUGGGUGGGGGAGCUUCCCGUGGACAUAAGCUGCUCUGAUUGGGGAGGGGAAGGGGAAGGAGAGAUGCAAGUAGUCAAGAAGAUUAACUGUGGAAUUACACCAGGAAUGAAUAUGGCUAUUUAGUUCUAAUAUAUAAAUCGGUUUCUCCUGCCCUCACCAUUAUUUAUUUUCUUAGAUUUUGUCCUGUAGAACCAAAUACUUUGUUUUUUCAUACCUUUGCUGCUUCAUGCUGUUACAAAUAUAAAUCCCUCAGAAAGGGAAAAUGAGAUGGGAAUGAACUCUUAUUUAGACAUGCAUUUGAACUAUCCAAGGGACUACAGAAGAUACUGAGUCAAGGAAUUCAACCCAGAGCCAGGCAGAAGUCAGUGGAAGAGUAACAAAAUCAGUCAAAUUUUAAGUUCCAAUAGAGAAGUUCUCUUUUUUUUUUGUUUGUUGUUUUGUUUUUUUUUUUUUUUGCUUAAUAGUGAGUGUGCCUGCUGCACUUGACUUUUGCCAUUAGAUGUUUUUGCAUGAGAAACUGAUUCAAUCAUAGCUGGGUGUGGAUGGGCUGAACUUGUAAGAAAAGGAUGGGGAAACACUAAAACAGAAGUCUACAAAGAGAGAAGAGCUCAGUGUGUGAACUGAAGUUAUUUCAAGGAAAUCUUCUAUCCCUUUCAUUGCAUGUAUUAUAUGCUACCCACUGACAUUAAAGUAAAGCUGGAAAGAAAUACAAAAGUGAAGAAAACAAGAAGUUUGGAAUUGGAUUUGGGGGAUCUGGACUUGGAAAUGCCUCAACCUAGCGUGAGUGGAAUGGACCCUCCUUUUGGGGAUGCCUUUCGGAGCCAUACGUUUUCAGAACAGACAUUGAUGAGCACAGAUCUCUUGGCGAAUAGUUCAGAUCCGGACUUCAUGUAUGAACUGGACAGAGAAAUGGACUAUCAGCAGAGCUCCAGAGACAACUUCCUUUCUAUGGAGGACUGCAAAGAUAUUGAAAAUCUAGAGUCUUUUACAGACGUCCUGGAUAAUGAAGCUGCUUUCACUUCAAACUGGGAGCAGUGGGACACAUACUGUGAAGACUUAACUAAGUACACCAAACUAACCAGCUGUGACAUCUGGGGAACAAAAGAAGUGGAUUACCUGGGUCUUGAUGAUUUCUCAAGUCCAUACCAAGAUGAGGAGGUGAUAAGUAAAACUCCAACUCUGGCCCAGCUUAACAGUGAGGACUCUCAACCUGUGUCAGAUUCACUUUAUUACUCUGAUUCACUCUUCAGUGUAAAACAAAACCCUUUAACUUCUCUGUUACCUGGGAAAAAAAUUACAAAUAGAGCAGCAGCCCCGGUGUGUUCCUCAAAGAACAUUCAGGCUGAGGCUCCUUUGUCGGACUAUGUUCAAAAGGCAAGCAAGCCCACUUCAAGCACACAAAUCAUGAAGACCAAUGUGUAUAAUAAUGAGAAGGUGAACAGUCAUGUUGAAUGUAAAGACUAUGUUAAAAAGGCAAAGGUAAAGAUCAGUCCAUUACCACAAAGCAAACCAGUGUUGAGUCAGGCACAUGCAGAUGCAGCAAAGGAGAACACCUGCUAUUGUGGAGCUGUAGCAAAGAGACAAGAGAGGAAAGGGAUAGAUUCCCUUCAGAGUCAUUGUACUCCUAUUUUGCCUUUUAAAGAGACUCAAGAGCUGCUCAUCAGCCCACCCCAGGAAACUCCUGGGCUAGUUGUGGGAGAGAACAGCCUUUCUGCCAGCACAUCUGUCUCAGAUCCUUCACAGAAGAAAGAAGAGCACAAUUAUUCUCUUUUUGUCACAGACAGCUUGGGUGAGCAGCCAACCAAAGGAGAUCCUGAAGAGGAAGAGGAGGAUGAAGAAGAUAUUGAAGAUGAGGACCAUGAUGAGGGGUUUGGCAGUGAACACGAACUGUCUGAAAAUGACGAUGAGGAAGAAGAUUAUGAGGAAGACAAAGAUGAUGACAUCAGUGAUACUUUCUCUGAACCAGGAUAUGAAAAUGAUUCAGUGGAAGACUUAAAAGAAAUGACUGCAGUAUCUUGCCGAAAAAGAGGCAAACGAAGAUACUUUUGGGAGUAUAGCGAGCAACUGACACCAUCGCAGCAAGAAAGAAUGCUGAGGCCAUCAGAAUGGAGUCGAGAUACUUUACCAAGUAACAUGUAUCAGAAGAACGGGCUCCAUCAUGGAAAAUAUGCAGUAAAGAAGUCACGGAGGACUGAUGUGGAAGACCUGACUCCUAACCCCAAAAAACUUCUACAGAUUGGCAAUGAACUAAGGAAACUGAAUAAGGUGAUUAGUGACCUGACACCAGUGAGUGAACUUCCCUUAACUGCCAGACCGAGGUCCAGAAAAGAAAAGAACAAACUAGCUUCCAGGGCUUGCAGACUAAAGAAGAAAGCCCAGUAUGAAGCCAACAAAGUGAAGUUAUGGGGUCUCAACACAGAAUAUGAUAAUUUGUUGUUUGUGAUCAACUCUAUCAAACAAGAAAUUGUUAAUAGAGUGCAGAGUCCUAAAGAUGACAGAGGAACUAAUAUGGAGCAGAAGCUUGAUGUACUUAUUAAAGAUACUCUUGGACUACCUGUAGCUGGUCAAACAUCAGAAUUUGUGAACCAAGUUUUAGAGAAAACUGCAGAAGGAGACCCCACUGGUGGCCUUGUAGGGCUGCGAAUACCAACGUCAAAAGUUUAACAGACAUCAUUUCACCUAUUCCCAUUUGGUCAGAGCGCUACCUGUGUUAAGUACUCCACUGUAAAUUUCAUUCUGGUCUGCAUGUCAGUUCAGCAUUCUGUAAACACAAUUAGGUUCCAUAGUUUUUUAAUAACAAUGCGGUAGGAUAAGUAAACCAUAUGAUGUAAAAUGCAUAAUUAGCAUUUUUGGAGCAUAAACCAUAUAGUAUUAAAGCUGUUUCAGGCACAAAUACAGAGAGAUUAGGUGUUCUUAAACCUAGAACCAGAUCAUACAAUUUGCUUUAGAAGAAAAAACACAGUUUGUGCUAGUGAAAAUUUUAGCAAAAUGCCAAACAUUGUGGCAGGUUUAUGCUCUGAGUAAAAUAAAAAUUAAGAGGAAGCAUUCUUUUGUAAACUGUCAAGGUUUAGUGGUGUUUUUUUUUUUUUUUUUUUUUUAAGAAUUACUGCUUUUUUUCUUUCUAAAAAUAAAACCAGUAAGCUUUCUUUGCACCCAUUAACUUGUAUAUAAUGCACACUGCAUUAGAGCUAGUGUGCCAUAUAAGACUUUAAUUUUUCAAGCUAAAUAUUCUAUUUAAAUGUCUGUGAAAGUAAGAGCAGAAAAAAGUAUAUUCUUGUGCCUUGUAUUUUGGGGGGAGAGCUAUAAAUAUAAGCUGGUAAAGUUUUUCUACAAUGAAAACCCUGAGGAAAAAAUAAGAUGUAUAGAUGGUAAGAUUAUGGGGUUCAAUGUAUUUGUUCCAGCUCUUACAAAUUUUUGAAUGUAUAUAAGAAUAUGUUGAAAAUGUAGAUAUAUGCCACAGAGUCUAUGUAUUGUAUAAAAGAUGGCUCUAGAAAAUUCAAUUUCGGUACUUGGCCGGAAGAAAACAAAUACUUGCACAUUUGCGAUUGUUUAUUUUUGUACCAAAGACAAAUGCAACUGAUAUGGCAAACUGCCAGUCUAAGUAAAGUUUUGCACAGCUUACAUGAUACUGUACUGAAUGUAAAAAAAAAAAAAAAAAAAAAAAAAAAUUAUUAAAGGUCAGGGUUAGGGAUCUUACUGAACUGUGAAUUUUUUUGUUUGGGUCCAAUUAUCUACAGAAGGAGCAUUCAUACAUAAUAUUAUUUUGCUGUUCUUCUAGUUCGCUUCAAUAGUAGAUAAGUUGAUGACCAUCUCGAAGUCUUUACAUCUUUUUUUCGCUACAUUUACUGUAGGAAAUUUUAAUAUAUUUGGAUUUUAGUAUGCUAUUGGAAAAAUAGUUUUCAACUUUGAGAAUCGAAAAAAUAUAUAUUUAGCUUGUUGUAGGAUACUUCCACCAGACAACCAAAAUAAAAUUAUUUUUAUUGUAAUAUGUAUAUAUGUAAAGAGGAAAAAAAGAGCUACAAAUAAUCUAAUUCCUUAGUUGCCACUUUUCCAGUUGAUGUAUUAUUAUGCAUGUGAUGUUUCAAAGGAUCAGCACAGGCUUAAAAAAACAAAAUUUAUAGUUUUUCUUUUAUAUUUUUGUACAGGUAUUUCAGACUAGCUUCUUCAAACUUAUAUGUGAUUUAUUCUUAAUUCAGUAGUUUCUAUGAUUGGGAAAUACUAACACACAUUAGUUCUUAUUUGCUCUUCUGCUCAUAAGAGUCUGCUUUGUUAGUUUCUAGAAUGCAAAUGAAUAGCUUUAUCUCUUGACGAGAAAGUCCUUUAUGUCAAGGCAAGAUCAUUCUCUGGUUUCAUGGACCCCUUUUUCCUCUUUUAUUUAAAUAUAAUGACAAAACACUGUCUACUGAGAAUAGAAAUACCAAAUACUUUAAAAUGUAGCUGCUGGAAAAAUGCAAAAAAAAAAAAAAAAAAAAAGUUCAUGAAGGUUUUCUUCCUGGUCCCUUUGGAGAAUUUCUCUCCUUUGUGUAGUUUGUCUAAGUUUGUACUGUGAUACCUUUUAUGAAUAGGUAGAAUUAUUUUUAUACCUAAACCUUUUGUGUAAGAAGGUCUGAAGGUAGUAAACUAAAGAUUGGAAGACAAAAUGGCAGUCCUGCCACAUGCUUGUAGUAUGUCCACAACUUAUUCUACAUUUUGAUAUUCUGAAAAACUUAAAGGUGGAGGAAGCCAAAAUACCACUACUAAAUUGUCACAUUUUUUCCUUUAAAACUUGGAUCUAGUAAAAAAAAAAAUGAACAUUUGUUUAAAGAACUUACAAAACUUGAGCAGGAACUAUCUGGGGUUUUUAUUAGGGUUUUGGGGUUUUUUGAAGGGUGGGUGAGUGUGUGCGUGUGUGUGAGAGAGAGAUGGGGGUUAUAUGGCAAGAGGAGAAGCACAGGUUAUAGUUUCAGAAUAGAACAUAAAUGGGUAAGAUGCAAUGUCAUGUAAAUUUAAAGUCAUGGCUAUACUGAGAUUUGAAAUAAUGUUAGUCCUUUCUGGUGUUCAAACAUUCUUGAUGCUAGAAAGGUGCAAACGCUAUAUCAGAACUUUACAGAUGAGGCAGUAUUUCAAAAAACAGCAGUUUUACAAUCAGGUAGGACUUACAUGACAAAUUAAACUGACAAUAAGGCAGAAAAAAGCCCUUUUCUAGCUGCUCAAGAAUACUGAGCUAACAUUGCUUAUAGCUUUUAUUUUGUCUGAAAACCAGAAUAUGAUUUUGGUCUAGCAUUUCAAAAAGACUUUGAAUCUAGUGGAUUCCAUACCCUUGCAUUUCAGUGUUUUCUAUGUAUUAUUUUAAGUUAAAUAGUUAAAAGCUUUUAAAUAGUAGAGCUUUUUAAUGUUGACACUUUAUUUUGUACCUAUUUAUAUAAGUAUGUAUACCUUAGAAAAGCACUUUGUUUAAAAAGAAGAAAAAAUUGCAUUUUUAUAUGAUUCCUGCCAUUUUGCUGCUAACUCUGGGCUGGUCAGAAUGCUGCAGCGAUACUUGAUCUAAAUAAAACCUGGCAGUAAAAUGUAGAGUAAAGUUAAGACCUUUGCAGGUUUAACUUUAUCAUAAAGAUGACAUAGGCAAGCUGUGCAGCUUUACAUUUUAACCAGGGGACUCUGUGGCAUUUAAACCGUCUAGAAAUGGUUGUACUUUAAUGCCAGUAACAAUCUGCUUCCUCUCUAGUGUCAUUAAAAUAUAUACGUUUAGUGUACUCUUAUCACAAACAAAUCUUAUAAGGGUUAAAAAAUGUACAUGUUCUGUUUUUUGGAAAUUGUGGCAUGCAUUUUGGAUGAUCUUUAGAGAAUAGCUCUCUAAAGGCUUUCAGCAUUCAUACAUGGUAUGUGGAUCUUUAUGAAGUCCUUGAAUAUUUUUGAGUGUAGGCAUUGUGAAUAUUCACUUUAAUUCUGUCAUCCAAAACCAAUUAUACAUUUUGAUUUAAUAAAAACUAAAAGCUCUUCCUUCUUUCUGAUACACUGGAUUCUCUAGACUUUGUUUUCUUUUAAAGCAUGCUGUCAAACUGCUCUUGUUAAGAUCUUGUAAGCCUGAAUUUGGGUGCCACACUUUUUGAAUCAAUAUGAUGGACUGCUUGUUCUACUGUACCAUGUAUGAUUCUUGUCCGUUCUUCUUUCCUUCAUGCCAGAUUAUGAUGUGGCUUUAUAUUGUGCCUUACUUGUACAUUUAGAACUAAAUGUUUUUAUUUUUCAUGCCCCUGAACCUGUUAAAUCCUUUGACCCUUCUGAAAGCAAGAUCAGAACUAUGAUAAAAGCAUCAUGAAGGAACUUCAAAUGGAUCUGAUUUCAAAUUCUCUUAACAGUCUCUUUGUAUUUGUAUGAAAGACAAAUUUUGAAUGGCCUUUGAGAGAUGGGGGUGCUAGGGCUAAACAAAUCAAAUAAAAAAUUAUUUCUACUA